CCGGAAGAUGGUCUCCGAGCUCUGCGGGGGUCCCCGGGGAAUGUGGCGAGCCGGGGGCAUGUCGGCGGAGCUGGGCCUGGGGGCCGCCCUGCGGGCGGUGAACGAGCGCGUGCAGCAGGCGGUGGCGCGGCGGCCGCGGGAUCUCCCUGCCAUCCAGCCCCGGCUGGUAGCCGUCAGCAAAACCAAACCUGCGGACAUGGUGAUCGAGGCCUAUGGGCAUGGCCAGCGCAUUUUCGGGGAGAACUACGUUCAAGAACUACUUGAAAAAGCAUCAAACCCUAAAGUUCUGUCUUCAUGUCCUGACAUUAAAUGGCACUUCAUUGGACACCUACAGAAACAAAAUGUCAACAAAUUGAUGGCCGUCCCCAAUCUCUCCAUGCUGGAGACGGUGGAUUCCGUGAAGCUGGCUGACAAAGUGAACAGUUCAUGGCAGAAAAAAGGUUCUCCUGAAAGACUCAAAGUUAUGGUCCAGAUCAACACCAGUGGCGAGGAGAGUAAACAUGGCCUCCUGCCCUCGGAGACGGUGGCCGUGGUGGAACACAUAAACACCAAGUGCCCCAGCCUGGAGUUUGUGGGACUGAUGACCAUAGGCAGUUUCGGGCACGACCUGAGCCGAGGACCAAAUCCAGACUUCCAGGUGCUGCUGUCCCUCCGCCAGCAGCUGUGUGACAAGAUGAGCAUCCCUGCCGACCAGGUCGAGCUCAGCAUGGGCAUGUCGGUGGACUUCCAGCACGCAAUUGAAGUUGGAUCUACGAAUGUCCGCAUCGGCAGCACCAUCUUUGGAGAGCGUGACUACACCAAGAAAGCCCAGGAUAAGUCUUCAACAGACCUGCAGGCCCCGGUCGAGGUGGCGCAAGCCCACUGAGGCGCCCGGCGGCCACCCUGCCAGGAAGGCCAAUCACGCAUCCCCUGGUGUCGGUUCCGAUGUUCCCCAUGUGCCAGCACAACCACACUUUCCGGGCUCGGGGCUGGAGAUCAGACUAGUGAUGUGCAUUGGCAGAAACCCUCUGUUCGCUGUGUCCGACAGCAGAAAUUCACGCCAGGCAGUGGCAUCGGUUGGGAUCUGAGAAAUUCAGGCAUUUCAGCAAAAUAAAUACCGAGUCAGUAGCCAGUCAUUGAGUUCGGGAUUCAGUGCUGCCCAGGGGUGCCGGCCGGCUGGCCAGCUGAGGGACUCCCUGAUGCCUGUCUGUGUCACCCUGAGCAGAGGAGUUCACAUUUGCCAUCUUAUUUAACAGAAACUUACUCGUGUUUACAAGCCCCUACCAGAUUAUCAUCUCUGCUGCCCUAGGUGUUUCUGUUAACACCGCACACACAUACACACGUGCACACACACACAUACACA